AUGAAGGCAAAAUCGGGGUUAACAAGAUUUUCCAAUUGUUUUAUUUUGCGUGACGGAAAAAUUAUAAAAGAAGAUUUAUGGAUACGCAAUGGAAAAAUUGCAAACCCCGAACAGGUAUUUUAUGUAGAACAAGAAGAAGCUGACAUAACGGUAAAUAGCGAAGACUCUCUCAUAGUGCCAGGAUUUAUAGACAUUCAAAUAAAUGGUGGAUGGGGUGUAGAUUUUUCCUAUGAUUCAGAAAAUGUUGAAGAAGGGGUAAAGAAAGUAUCAAAACAGCUGUUGGCUCAUGGAGUGACCUCAUUCUGUCCAACUAUGGUUACAUCUGAGAAAGAAAAAUAUUCUAAUAUUUUACCCAAAAUACAAAAAAGGCAAGGAGGGGAACAUGGAGCCACGGUUCUUGGAGUGCAUCUCGAAGGUCCAUUUAUUAGUUUAGCAAAAAAGGGUGCACACAAAGAUGAAUAUAUUUUGAAUCCUGAAAAGGGGCUCGAAUCAAUUAAAGAGGUGUAUGGAUCUUUAGACAAUGUAAUUUUAGUUACAAUAGCCCCAGAAUUGCCCGGUGCUUUGGAUGCUAUCAGAGGAUUAUCAAACAUGGGCAUAAAAGUGGCCCUUGGACAUUCAUCUGCUAGCCUUGCUCAAGGUGAAGAAGGCAUUAAAAAUGGAGCAAACCUAAUAACACACUUAUUCAAUGCAAUGCUUCCAUUUCAUCAUCGUGACCCUGGUUUGGUGGGCUUACUUGCUUCCAAGACUGACAGACAAGUUUACUAUGGGAUAAUAUCAGAUGGCAUUCACACUCAUCCUGCGGCUCUGAGAAUUGCUUGUCGAACUAAUCAAGAAGGUUUGAUAUUAGUGAGUGAUGCUGUAGCGGCCCAAGGUCUACCAGAUGGUGCAUAUCGCAUCGGACCGCAAGCUGUGAAUGUCAAUGAAGGCCGCGCAUAUGUCGCUGGAACAAAAACUCUCUGUGGCAGCACUACUGCCCUAGACCAGUCAAUAAAAACAUUCAAAGAAGCCACAGAAUGUUCAUUGGAAUACGCUAUAGAAGCAGCAACUCUGCAUCCAGCUAAGGCUUUGGGAAUAGAUGAUAGGAAGGGCAAAUUGAAUUUCGGUUUUGACGCCGAUUUCGUCAUCUUACAUCCGAAAUCUCUGAAAGUUUUAUCCACUUGGAUUGCUGGCGAAUGCGUCUACCGAUCUUCUUAA